GAUCUCUUCACGUAGCAAGCAGCACCGGUCAACAUGAACACGCUAAUUUUGGUGAGCUUCUUGGCGGUGCUUACACUCUGCCUUUGCCAUGCAGAUGACUCCGCUCACUCCAACAGUGCCAAUGACUCACCCAGCUCUGAAGCUUUUGUCUCCAGGCGUGACAGUGCUGAAGUAGUGAAGAGGCACAGAAGGAGCUAUAACAGGUUCUACAACGUCAUUGCCGCCACCCCCGAUGUUGUGUCCCCCCUUGAAUCCCAGCGAGAGGUUUGUGAGUUCAACCCUGAUUGCGACGAGUUGGCCGACCACAUUGGCUUCCAAGAAGCUUACAGAAGAUUCUAUGGGCCUGUAUAGAAACCCAGCCAAGCUCAGUGCAAUGGAGAACGGCAAGA